UUGUUUAAACGACAGGCACUGAACGCAGCGUCCGUACAGGGUCCCUACGCUCUUCGCCCCUCGGCCAUGUGACAGUUCAGUUGCUGUGAAUCGUAUCAGGACUCAGAAAACACUCCCGCAGCAGCGGCCCAGGGCCCCUCUGAAGUGCAGACAUGCGGGUUGCAGUGAUUGGAGCUGGAGUCAUCGGCCUGUCAACAGCCCAGAGCAUCUAUGAGCAGUAUCACUCAACCGUCAGUCCGCUGACCAUUGAGGUGUAUGCGGACCAGUUCACUCCGCUGACCACCAGCGAUGGAGCUGCUGGCUUCUGGCAGCCGUACCUUUACGAUAAGGGGAACGUCCAGGAGACAAAGUGGAAUAAGGAGACAUUUGACUACUUGCUGAGCCAGCUCAGCUCACCAGAGUCUGUGAAGAUGGGUAUAUUCCUUCAGUCCGGCUACAACCUCUGCAAUGAACAUGCACCAGAUCCUUCAUUUAAAGAUACCGUCCUUGGUUUCAGGCAGCUCACAGAGCGAGAGCUGCAGAUGUUUCCUGGAUACAAACAUGGCUGGUUCAACACUGCUCUCAUGGUGGAAGGUAAAUCUUACUUACCUUGGCUGAUGGACUGGUUGCAAAAAAGGGGUGUGAAAUUCUAUCACAGGAAAAUAGAGUCCUUCAAAGAGGUGGCAGAAACUGGGGCAGACGUGAUCAUAAACUGCACUGGGAUGAGAUCAGGAGCGCUGCAGCCGGACCCGGAACUGAAACCAGGCCGUGGCCAGAUAGUGAAGGUGGAAGCUCCGUGGCUGAAACACUGGAUUAUUACUCACAAUUUUACAGCAGGAACCUACAAUUCACCAUAUAUCAUUCCAGGGAGUCGCCUUGUGACAGUUGGUGGGGUUUUCCAGUUAGGAAACUGGAGUGAACACAACAACUCCACUGACCAUAAGAAAAUCUGGGAAAAUGCUUGCCAGCUGGAGCCCAGUCUCAAGCAUGCCAGGAUAGUGGAGGACUGGUCCGGCCUCAGGCCUGUUCGCAGCAAAAUCCGACUGGAAAGAGAAACCAUAAAGUCUGCUGCAGGUCCAAUAGAGGUGAUACACAACUAUGGCCAUGGAGGUUUUGGACUCACGAUUCACAGAGGCUGCGCCGAGGAGGCAGCGAGGCUCUUCAGUCAGAUCGUGGAACAAAAAGGCAAAGGUCCAAAAGCACGUUUGUAAAUUUGUGUGUGGCAGUAGCGACUAAUGCACUCCUCUUUCAAAUCUCAGCAUUGGUGCACACGGUGUUUAUAUCUGUACAAACAUUUACACCAAACAGAUAUUUAGCAUCUCAUUAUCUGAGGGGUAAUGACACCAAUUUAAAAUAAUGUAAUGUAUAAAUUGUUCUUGCAUCAUGGAUUAAGAGAUGGCACAUCGAUAUGUAACAAAAUCAUGCUUGAAUCUCAAAGACGUUUAUGUAAUUUAAUAAUAAUAAUUAACUGUGAAGUGAAUGUUUUAAUUGUAACUGAUAAAAUCACUCCUUUUUUGUAAUAAAUAACAACAUGUAUCCGCU